AUGCCAAAAUUACCACCAAUUACUACAAGAAUAAUUCAAAUUACUUGUGCAAUAAUAUGGUGUUUAGUUGCAGCAGGUCCAGUGUUUGGUUAUGCAGCAUUGAAACCUAUCUUAAUAAGUCAACAUGUUUACGAGAAUGAAUGUGUGGAAUCAGUUCAAACAAAAUGUGUUCAACAAGAUUUAUCCUUAAAUUUAUUAUUCACCGUUGCUUGUUCUGUUACAAAUUUAAGUGCAUUACCAGUUGGUUCAAUUUUAGAUACUUAUGGACCUAAAAUCAGUGGUAUCAUUGGUGCUGUAAUAUUAGCUUUGGGGUCAUUAAGUCUAAAAUAUGCUUCAUCAAUGACUUAUCUUGAUGGCUAUUUGAUUGGGUAUACUUUAUUAGCAUUGGGUGGUCCAUUUACAUUUAUAAGUAGUUUCCAAUUAGCAAAUAGUUUCCCCAAAAAUUCAGGUUUGGUUUUAGCAUUAUUGACGGGUGCAUUUGAUUCAUCAUCAGCGUUAUUUUUAUUUUAUAGACUUUAUUAUUUCAAAAUUAAAGAAAUUUCAAUAAGUUCAUUUUUCAGUGGAUACUUGGUUGUUCCAUUAUUUAUUUUAAUAUGUCAAUUGACUGUCAUGCCUAAAGAUUCAUACAAGACAGUUGGAACAUUAGCUAAAAUUGCAGAAACUGGAAUUGAUGAAACUGGUAAACCAUUGAGUUUAAGUGAACAAAACGAUGGAGAAAGUGGAGAAGAAUAUUAUCAACCAACUAUUACUGAAACUACUGCAUUAUUAAUGAGAAGACCUUCACAUAAUCGAAGAGAAUCAACCAUAUCAAGAGCUUCGUACAGUUCAAUGAAAUCGGCAUAUGAACAAGAAGCAGAUACUAAAUUGAUCAAUUCAACUGGAGGAGUAUUUGGAAUAUUACAUGGUUAUUCCAUAUCUGAUCAGUUAAAAUCUCCUUGGUUUUUAUUAAUGACUACUUUCACAACUAUUCAAAUGUUACGUAUAAACUUCUUUGUUGCUACUAUAAAAUCUCAAGAAGUUUAUUUGUAUGGAAGUGAAGAAUUGGCAACUACUAUUAAUCAUUUCUUUGAUUUGGCAUUACCUUUAGGUGGUAUACUUUCAAUCCCAUUCAUUGGAUUAAUUUUGGACAAUUUAACUACUUUAACUGUCUUGUAUAUACUUACAGCUUUAUCAUUAUUUAUUGGAGUCAUGGGUUUAGUUUCAUGGUUACCAGGAACAUAUGCAGGUAUUAUAAUUUUAGUAUUAUAUAGACCAUUUUAUUAUACUGCAGUCUCAGAUUUUUGUGCAAAAGUGUUUGGGUAUGAUAAUUUUGGAACUGUUUAUGGUACUAUAAUUGCUUUUAGUGGAAUAUGUAAUAUUUUACAACAAGCAAUGGACAAAUUAACUCAAGAAUAUUUUAAAGGUAAUCCAACUCCAAUAAAUUCCAUAUUGGUUAUAUUAACUGCUGUUUUUGGGUUUUCAUUAAUUGGAUUUGUCAAGUCUCAAGAAAAAGAUAUCAAGAGAAGAAAUUUAGAAAUGGAAGCUGAAGAAGCUACUUAUAGAUCUUUACCAACUUAG